CAACUGUGUUUGAGAGUAACGUUAAUAAAAUUCGCGAUAAAAACACGGAGAGAUUAUCGACACGCGUGGGCGCCACGCAACGUAUUUCCGUGCGUGAUAAUAUUCGUGAAGGGAACACAGUCGAACAAACACGCGUGAAACCCACGCGCAGCAAAAAUGGGGCUGGCGCAUCGAGUUCAUUUGAUUCAAUGUGGGCGGAAAGAGGGCACGAACUGGAAGAAAUAGAAAACGCGCGUAGAAAGGAAUUAGAUAAACAAAUGCAUGAUGCAAAACUUAAAUUAGAAAUGGAAAUGAAUCGAGCUAAAGCAGAGCAUGAAAUACUAGUGAAGCGAAGGGAAAUAGAGCGACAACAAGCCGAACUACGUCAGUUAGAAGAAAUGUAUGGUGCUAGUACCAGGCCCCUACAAAGAGAUAAGGACAGCAGAAGUGACAAUGACAAUGUUAUCGAUUAUCAUAGUCAACAACCUCAAAAUACAACUACUAGUGAUACCAUCCCACAAAAUCCACUGCAUGAAAGUCCAGGUCAAUUACAAUAUUUAUUAGAAAGACAACAAAAUACGAUGGACGAAGUAGUCAGAGGCCUGCGAAUGCCACAGCGGGAGUAUAUGAAUUUUUAUGGUGAACCACGAAACUUUCCACUAUUCAUAAAAAAUUUCGAAGUACAUGUAGAGAGUAAAGAAGCAAUGAUGCAGAUCGACUCAACUACCUGA